AGGUCCAAGCCGCAGUGCCGCGGCCUGGCGCCCAACGGCUUCCACAACUCGGUCAUGGCGCCCGUGGAGAAGUGCUGCAGCCUCACGGGCAGCGUGCGGCAUCAGAAUUACUCCCAGUGGGAGUUUCCCGACUGGAUCCCCUUGGUGCACAAGUGGACGUGUCUCUCUGAGAGCGAGGCCGCCCCGUACCUGCCCGUGGAGGAGAAGUCGCCCCUUUUCCUAAUCCAGCGGGAGGGCAUCGAGGAAGACGGUGCCUUGUCCAGGAUAAACAGGUUCCAGUCGCAGCCGCCGCACGCGGAGCGCCUCGAUGUCUCCUUCUUCACGGGCGGCCCCGUGUGGGCCAUGGAGUGGUGCCCGUGCCCGGCGGGCGCGGCGGCAGCCGCGCACUACGUGGCCCUGUACUGCCACAGGAGCAUGGAGGAGACGCACAGCGCGGCGGGGCUGCACGGCGGCGCGGCGCUGCUGCAGCUCUGGAGCCUGGGCGCGCUGCCGGGCAACUUCGUGGUCACGGCAGGGAACGAUCGCAAGAUCAAGUUCUGGGACGUGCGGCGGCUCUACGAGCCCAUCAACAGCAUCAAGCGCUUCCUCAGCACCGAGGUGGCCUGGCUGCUGCCCUACAACGGCGUCACGGUGGCCCAGGACAACUGCUACGCCUCCUACGGGCUCUGUGGGAUCCACUACAUCGAUGCUGGCUACCUCGGCUUCAAGGCCUAUUUCGUGGCCCCGCGCAAGGGCACCGUGUGGAGCAUCUCGGGCUCGGACUGGCUGAACACGGUGGCUGCCGGGGACAUCACCGGGGAGCUGGUGGCUGCGGUGCUGCCCGACCUGGCCAUUAACCCGCUCAACAUCAAGCGGCCCUCGGAGCGCAGAUUCCCCGUGUACAAAGCCGACCUGCUGCCGUGUGGCCCCGCCGGCCCCGCGGGCAGCGAGCAGGGCCUGCCCAGGACCAGGCUCUACAGCGAGAUGGUGGCCAAGACCUGCAUCCGCUUCCGCGACACGGACCUGCGCAGCUUCAAGAACUUCCCGAGCCGCGAGCCCAUGCGCAGGAUGCACACGCAGGAGGUGAAGGCCGAGCUGAGCCUCGACCGCCUGCAGCUGGAGGCCCUGCACAAGGUUCGCUUCAGCCCCAACGAGGACUCACGGGGCUGGCUGCUGUCGGGCGGCCAGGCCGGCAUCGUGCGCCUGCACUGCCUGCAGGGGCUGGCGGGCAGCGCGGGACGGCGCCCGCUGCGCGAGGCCCCAUGGCCACCCUGGCCCCACGGCUGA